CUAACAGCAAAGGAAUGGCCAAUGAUAUCCUCGGAUGUUGGGAUGUGGUGCCGUCUCCUAGACAAGUUAGUUGCUACAGCAGCAUCAGCGACCGACACAGACAAGAGAGAUGGAGGACUUUGAAGAUGUGGAAGAGGCUCCGCCCUCCAACGAAGAGCUGAUCCCCUGUAAAAUCUGUGGAAGGAGCUUCUUCACUAAAGUCCUGAAGAAACAUACCCCAAUCUGUCAGAAAGCAGCAGCUAAGAAGAGGAAGGUGUUUGACUCUGGCAGGCAGAGAGCUGAGGGAACAGAGAUCUCCACUAUCAAACCUAUCAAAUCUAAGUCACACACUUCUACCACCACUGCUAAGACUGUGAAACCGGAGCCUCCUAAGAAGCAAUCUAACUGGCGCAGGAAACACGAGGACUUCAUUGCCACCAUCAGAGCUGCCAAGGGCAUCACUCAGGUCAUGAAGGAUGGGGGACCCUUACCCCCUCCUCCACCACCCUCCUACGACCCAGAUUAUAUCCAGUGUCCAUUCUGCGAGCGGCGGUUCAGUGAGAAUGCAGCAGACAGACACAUGAAAUUCUGUAAGGAGCAGCACGCUCGCAUGCAGAAUAAGGCCAAGGUACCCGGGGUUGUGGAUGCCAAGAAAACACCUGCACGCACACAGUUCAAGCCUCCUGCUCCUGUGAAGAAGGCUAACUCUCCUGCUGUGCCCUCUUCCUCCCGUUUACCCCAGAGAUCUGUCCUGGGCCAGCCCUCCGGGAUUUCAUCCAGUAAGGUUCCCUCUGCAGGAUCAGUGAGGAGCGCUCCGUCUGGUUACUCUCCUAACCGCAGCGCCACUUCUGGCCUCACUAGUCCACCUUCAGGUGUUGGAGGUAAGCCUCGUCCAGUAGGUUCCUAUAGCUCUGUGAAAAUCUCUCAGACAGCAGGGGGACUCAACAACAGGAAAGCCUACAACACAGACAAAUACAACUCCAGGAGCGAUGGCAAAAGUGAAAACGUGGAUAACGGGGGAAUGAUGACAAAGUUCUGCCACGAGUGUGGAACACAGUACCCUGUAGACUGGGCCAAGUUCUGCUGUGAGUGUGGGGUCCGUAGGAUGUGUAUUUAAAGGAGGAGAGUGAGGGAUAGAGGUGAGAGAUGGAGGAGGAGGAGAAGAGAGAGGGAGAGAAAAAGGAGUAGGAGGAUAGGGAAAAGGGGAAAGAUAGGUGGAGAGGAAGGAAAUUAAAUUAAAGAAGGGCAAUUCACUAGAACCCUGGGCCAUGAUGCUGUUAUGACACUUACCUAGUUAAAAUAGUACAUGGCAAGCAGGAGUCCCCCCCCCCCUCUCAUAAUAUUGUAAAGUCAGUUUGAUAUCAGCUCUCAUAACUGUUAAUGUCAUUAUUAUGACAGUGUUAUGUAGGCUUUACUACAGAAGACUCGAGCACAUAAUUACCCCAAAUGUCCACCCUAACCCAUUCUUAUCCCAACCACUGCCUAUGUACCAUGAUCUACAAGCCCUCUCCAGUAUAACCCUAGGUAGAAACACACUCAUCCCAUCUACUCCCUCCCACCCAUUUCUCUGCUGACUCACAUAUUCAAUGUAUUACUAUUGAAGUGCAAUAUGAUUGACUACUGAUUUUACAAAAGGAGUUUAAUUCUUGAAUGGAAUGUGUGACGUGGCAAAGUGGACUCAUUCUUUUCAUUGAGUCAUGAGUAGAAUUAAUGUUAAGUAUUUGGAAAACAAUACACAUGGGUUUUACAGGACCAGUGUAAGAGCAGGUUGGCCUUUUAUUGUUAUGAAUCUUGUCCUGGAGGCAGAACUGAGGUUGUGUCUACACUUGACAAUUUCAUGCGACUUCUGCUGUCAGAAUACGAAGAUCGCAUUGAAAAGACGGGUCUAGACGCACAAAAGUCACUUUGUGGCCUAAUUGUGUUCACAUCUGAAGUGGUCAGGGAUGCAUUGUGUGUGGAUUUCUCCUCAGUCUGGACGCAAUCAGGCUACAGAAAGCGCAAACAGUGGGCAACAUCAUCAGCACUCCUCCACCAAAUCCCCAGAAAACGUGUGUUUUGGGACAGAGAGGCACCUUUUCAUUAUAACGUUGGAGGGAAUACGUUCUUAGUGUGAGAGGAACGUAUUUUCUGGUCUCAAAUGGUAGCCAACUAGCUAAUAUUUAGAAAAACAUUUUUGUUUGGCUAGCGUUUGCAAUCCCUUUAGUGUUGCUCACUAUCUUGCUGGCUAGCUACAGAGGUUAGCUAGCUAGUUAGCUACAGUAGUUAUUAUCAUAUUUCGCCUAUACCACCGUUUGUAGAAUGCAUACUGUCAUUUGAAUAUGGUGUGAAAAAAAGGGAAUCCCGACACACUGUGGACACGGCAGACACAUUUAAAUGUAGGUGUAGACACAUGACCUGAUCAGAAUACAAAAGCUGCAUGAACUGUCAAGUCUAGACACGGCCCGAGUGAUUUCCCCUUAGGACAGAUUGCAAUGUCAAAAUUGUCUAUAUUGUAAAAAUUCCUGAAACCAAGAAUGAGCUUUUUGGUCUUCAUUUAGGGUUAGGCAUUAGGUUUAGCGGUGUGGUUAUGGUGAGGGUAAGGGUUAUGUUUAAAAUCAGAUUUUAUGACUGCAGCGCUGCCUCCAGAACAAAAUGUAUGAAGAAAAAACCCUCCACUCACAUGCAGCAUAAGAGGUCAUUGCUGUUUAAAUAGUUGUGGUACAGGUCAGGUUUUUUAAAUGAUUUUAAAGGCAGCAGUUUCAAUACACAGUAUAACAUUUCUGAUACAAUUAUACGAAACAAGGUGUUAAAAUUGACCAUCAUUCAUAUACUGCUAUUUCCACAUACUGUAUACAAGGAAAUGGGUUCAUUUAUUUAAUCGCUCUGUGUUUGUUUUAACUAAGAAAUCAAAAUGUAUUUUUUUCAUGGUUUUGUGAAAGAUGUUUUCUGUAUCUACCUACAUGUGUUCUGUGUUUCCUUCAGUGAGUACGAUUACGUGCACACAGUAAUGCGACUAUUGUGGAUAGUCAGAUUACCUGAUGGCACUCUGAUAAAUGCAGAAAAUCGCCAAUCAAAAUAUCUAUGUUCUAUCACAGUGACCAUGUUAGUUUUGGGAAGCAUAUUUGAUUCGGAGUUCAGACAUAUAACGUUUGUAUGUGAAAACCACUUCUCAAAUUCACUUCACUCACAUUAAAAUGGGAGGCUCGCUGAGCUGGUGCCCAACACGUGCUGAUCAAAUACACGGCUGGAACACAGAUUAAGGUGUUUACAUGUCCUAAUCAUUUGAAAGAUUACUCAGAAAACCGUAUGCUUACUUAGAUUUUGACCGUACGCCGAUUUAACAUCAGAGUAAGGUGUUUAUAUUACUACUGCAUAGUCUGCCAACUGCAAUAGUCUGUUUUAGUAUCGAGUUCUUACUGUGCAUGUAAACCUACUCUGUGUUAAUUUUGAAUCACUAUUGAAUGGGAUAAUCUGAGAUUUAUGGUACGGGCCGGUACAUGCACUGACCAGUCCUCACCAACAUUGACCAGUCCUCACCAACACUGUCCCUACAGGUCACAUUCAUCCAGUUGCCCAGACCACAUCAAUGAUCUUCAAUCAUGGUCCUGGACCCCACAGGCUGCGCAAGCUUUUGACCCAGCCCGGCACUAACACACCUGUUUCUACUGUUCUUGAUGAGGCUCAUGGUGGUUCAUUUA